AUGACAUUGCACUACUGUCAUCUACGUUCAAUGACUUCCAUAAAAAGACUGGGAGAUUGGCGGAGGAAGCAGCAAGAAGCACUCAAACAUAAUGCGAGAAAAUGCAAGACACUAAGGACUGAGUGUACUAGUAGCAGGAAGAAUAUUGUGGUGGAUGGCGUAGAAGUGGAUCACGUUGAGUAGUCUACAUACCUAGCAAAGACAUUAUGCACCGUCUGAAGAAAGCAUUUAGCGCAUUCCAGAGACUAAGGAGGGUCUACGAAGCUAAAGGAAUAGAAGGGAGAACCAAGAUAAGCCUAUUUUCAAGACUUAACUUCGAACAGUCCUACUAUAUGGGUGUGAAACUUGGAAGAUCACCAAGAACAAUGAACGGAAGCUAAAUAGCUGCCAGUGCCAGUACAUGAGACGGAUACUGGGGAUUAGAUGGCAGCAGAGAAGGACAAAAAAAAGAGUGGUUGAGGUGGCUGAGUUCAAUGUCAGGCCUUACGCGCUUACGGGCGUGAUGGAUGAGACUUGAUGAUGAUGACGAUGAAAAUUCUAGUGCUUGUAAGGAUGAGGUCAAAAUUCCAAUGUUUAUAAAAAAAGGGCCAGAAUUCCAGUGUUUGGAAGGAUAAGAUCAGAAUUCCAAUGUUUAAAUGGAUAAUAACAGAAUUCCAAUGUUUACAAAAAUAGGGGAAGGAUAAGAUCAGAAUUCCACGGUUUAGGAUAAGAUUAUAAUUCCAGUGUACUGAGGGAGAAGGUCAGAAAUUCAAAGUUUAGAAGGAUAAGAUAGGAAUACCAAUGUUUAUAAAAAUAGGGCCUGAAUUCAUAUGUUUGAAAGGAUAAUAUAAGAAUUCCAGUGUUUUAAAAAUAGGGCCCAAAUUAGAAUGUUCGGAAGGAGAAGAUCAGAAUUGCAAUGUUUAAAAGGAUAAGGACAGAAUUCUAAUGUUUAUUAAAAUUAGGGCCAGAAUACCAAUGUUUGGAAGGAUAAGGUCAGAAUUCCUGAAUAUUUAAAAGGUUCAGAAUAGAAUUCCAGUGUUUAUAAAAAUAAAGCCAGAAUUCCAUUGUUUGGAAGGACAGGUUAAUAAUUCCGAUGUUUAGAAAGAUACGACUAGAAUUCUAGUGCUUUAAAGGAUAGGGCCAGAAUUCCAAUCUUUGAAAGGAUCAGAUCAGAAUUAUAAUGUGUAUAAAAACAGGGCCAGAAUUUCAAUAUUUGGAAGGAUAACUUCAUAAUUACAAUGUAUAUAAAAACAGACCCAGUAUUCCAAUGUUUGGAGGGAUAAGUCAGAAAACAAAUGUUUAUAGAAAUAGGGCCAGUAUUCAUAUGUUUUGAAAGAUAAGAUCAGAAAAACAAUCUGUAUAAAAAUAGGGCCAGUGUUUGUUAGAAUAACAUCAGAAUUCCACUGUUUAUAAAAAAGGGCCAAAAUUCCAGUGUUUGGAAGGAUAACAUCAGAAUUCCCAUGUUUUUUUAAGGAUAAAGUCAGAAUUCCAUUUUUUAUAAAAACAGGGUCAAAAUUCCAAUGUUUGGAAGGAUACGAUAGGAAUCCAAAUUUUUAUAGUGCAGGAAUAUGUCAAAAAAUCAUGUGGAUGGUUUUACCCUAGGGGUUUCUUAAAGAAGCUUUUACUGAAGUUCAUAAUGGUUUAGCAGGUGGCCAUUAGGAAGGAUAAAGACCUUGAGAAAAAAUAAAAGCCAGGUCCUGGACACCAGGGUUGACUAAAGCAGUGAAUAGGUGCCAUAGCAGUUGUCUGAUAUGGACCAAGCACAAGUCUGGACCAAAACCAAAGGCACCCCUACAUCCAAUACCAUCUAGGAGCUACUCGGAGUUUGUCAAUGACCUUCACGAUAGGUUAGAAACUGCACAUCCUGAUGCAAGGUAAAGUCUGCAAGUAGCUAGGCAUCGGCAGAAAGAUGCAUGAUAAGGACACUAGACACACUGUCUUUAAAACUGGAGAUUUGGUGCAAUGCUACACUCUAUAGCUGAAAUUAGUUGAAGCAAACUAAUUCCACUGACAGUGGGAGCGACCGUUUGAAAUGAAGGAACACGUCAGGGGACAUUCCAGGAAAUCUCAAGUAGUUCAUUUCAACAACCUGCAGUUGUGAAGAUUCUCAAAAUGGUAAGACGAGCAGGGAGGAGACAAGAGAAGACGAACACAAGGUCAGAGGUGAUUAUCACAACAACAAAGUAAUUAUUCAGGUUGGCGCCUAUGAUGAGCUUCCUGGUGAGGUUGUAAAUGUGCCAGGCGAAAGUGAAUAUCUUUUCUCCCUUCCUGAUAUGGUUCCAGGAGGAGAACACGAACACGGUGGUGAAUGUGAUAAGGGAGUAAAUAUAUCAAAUAUGGAGAGAGGUGGACUUGUAGAAGAUGUACAAAACAGAGAGACAAGAAGGGAGGAGAAAACUAAAGAUGAACAUGAGGCCAAAGAAGAACAGCCAACUGGUCAGAGCCAAAGACUGCGGAUAGUGGGGUGGAAUUGGUGCAAAAUACCUACACAGAAGCGCUUUAUUCAUUCAAGGUGGAACUAGCAUGAGACCAAUUUAUUCAAGGACUGGGAAUCCGCGAUGAUUUGCGGGGGAAAGUAUUCAUGAGUCAACCAGAGUCACUGGUGCAGACUGUUGUUGUUUCUAGAUUAGAAAGUGCUAAUAAAGCUUGUCAGGCUGUGGCAUCUGUUGAGAAGAAAACGUCUGUGAAUGUUGUGAGUGCUUCUUUUUGUAUAUGACAAGCAAAAGUGAACAAUAGCCACAAAAGGAAAGAAAAAUGCACUAUACAGUGAUCCAAAAGGGCCAAUCAAUGGUUCACGGCAGCUCAGAUUUUGAGUAUGCAACAACCAACAGCUACAUAAAUCAGGAUGCUAAACGAUGGUGAUUAACACAGCUUUUAAAUGACUGGCAUCCUUAUCACAUAAUUGAUGGCCAGGCAUAAGUCGUCUUCGUUUUGAUCUUUUCUUUUGAGUUCUAUGUUUCUUGUACAUUGCGGGAAGAUUUGCAGGUUGGGGGAUGCUGGCCCAUCACCCCGAGAAACACAUCUGAGCGAUGCGGCAGGGAUGUGCGCUCUGCAUGGCCUGAACUGAAAGCAUCCUGAGACUCAUAACAGUUCGGGUAAUCAAGACGUAAGACAAUUACCGCUUGGCCAAGGAUUGGGUGGUCAGCGCAUAGAAUUGUAUCCCCACUACCCAUUGGUGCGAAUGAUAAGAUUCUUGGUGUGAAUGAAGAGAUUCGUGAGCUAGAAUGAAAAGCUGAAACCACCCCCAAAUGGGCAGCUGAAAUGGAAGAAACUGACUGAUAACCCUCAACCCCUAAGUCGAGCAACAAGGGAAAUCUGAGCACAGUGAAAACUGUUAGAGCUAGAAGAGGGAGUACAUUACCUGCUGUCAGCCGAAGGAACGUUGUUAGCUAAGGCAGGAUGAUUUUGACCUAGGGAUUUGUUAAAGAAGCCGUAACUGAAGAGCAUAAUAGUACAGCAGGUGGCCAUUUAGGAAAGAUAAAGACCUUAAGGAAAAUAAAAACCAGUUCACUAAAGCAAUGAAUAGGAACCAUAGUAGUUGUCUGAUAUUGGCCAAGUGCAAGUCUGGACCAAAACCAAAGGCACCCCUAAGUUAAAUACCAGCUAGGAUGUACUCGGAGUUACCAAGUGAUAUUGUGAUGUGAGUUAAAGUCUGCAAGUAACUCAGCAUCAGCAGAAAGAUGCAUAUUAUGAGGACAUUAGACACAUGGUCUUUCAAACUGGAGAUUUAGUGCUACGCUACACUCCACGGCUGAAACCAGGUGACUGAAACAAAGUAAUGCUAUUUACAGUGGGAGGGACCCUUUGAAAUAAAGGAACACGUCAUGAACAUCACGUAUCCAGUAAAAGUAGUCAAGUAG